GGGCAGCAGCCGGAGGAGGGAGGUGUAUCGCUCCGGAGCACACGGAGGGAACCCGGGGAGCGCAGCGCAUCCACCGCAGCUCGUCCGGGCACCUGGGCUUCCAGCCUCCGGGAUCGGCGGAGUCUAGGGGACUCGGGGCCACUUGUGUCUUCCCCGGGGGCCGAGCCCCUUCCCGGAUCUACAGCGCGCGGGGAACCCCUUGGCUAGAUGGAGCCGGGGCUGUGAGCUGGGGCGGCUCGGGAGGUCUGCGCGCCUCCAGCCCCGGCCAGGGCUCUGCGCCUAUUGUUCCCAACAGCCGGCGCCGCCGGGGGAUUGUGUCUGUGCGGCAGCUCCGGGGGCAACGAGCGGGACUGGCCCCACCUGGGGCGGCCGCUCCCCCACUGGACCCCGCGGACUGUGCCCAGCCUGACCGUUUGAAGGGACUGGAAGUUUGGAAGAGAAGAUUAAGCGAGCCCCAGCUAGCAAGCCGGCAGUCAAGACGGGAGUCCCCAUGGAGUUCUGGAGCCCAGUUGCCAACCAGUAGCUGUAGAACUGGGAUGUUUACCUGGAGGUGCCUCCUCUUUUGGGCUGUGCUGGUCACAGCCACGCUCUGCACUGCAAGGCCAGCACCAACCCUGCCAGAGCAAGUUCUGUCCAAAGCGAAAAUUGAAGUGGAGUCGCAUUCGGCUCACCCUGGCGACCUCCUCCAAUUGCGCUGCCGGCUACGGGACGAUGUCCAGAGCAUCAACUGGGUGCGAGAUGGGGUCCAGCUGUCAGAGGACAACCGGACGCGCAUCACUGGGGAGGAGGUAGAGGUCAGGGACGCUGUGCCUGAGGACUCAGGGCUCUAUGCCUGCAUGACCAACAGCCCCUCAGGGAGUGAGACCACCUACUUCUCCGUUAAUGUCUCAGACGCUCUUCCAUCCGCUGAGGAUGACGAUGACGAUGACGAUUCCUCCUCGGAGGAGAAGGAGGCAGAUAACACCAAACCGAACAUGGCUGUGGCUCCCUACUGGACAUACCCCGAGAAGAUGGAGAAGAAGCUCCAUGCUGUCCCAGCUGCCAAAACGGUGAAGUUCAAGUGCCCAUCGAGCGGGACGCCCAGCCCCACGCUGCGCUGGCUGAAGAACGGCAAGGAGUUCAAGCCCGACCACCGCAUCGGUGGAUACAAGGUCCGCUACGCAACCUGGAGCAUCAUCAUGGACUCAGUGGUGCCGUCCGAUAAAGGCAACUACACCUGCAUCGUGGAGAACAAAUAUGGGAGCAUCAACCACACCUACCAACUCGACGUAGUGGAGAGAUCACCUCACCGGCCCAUCCUCCAAGCUGGGCUGCCUGCUAACAAGACCGUGGCCCUGGGCAGCAAUGUGGAGUUUGUGUGCAAAGUUUACAGCGACCCACAGCCCCACAUCCAGUGGCUGAAGCACAUAGAGGUCAAUGGCAGCAAGAUUGGACCCGAUAACUUACCCUACGUGCAGAUCCUGAAGACGGCUGGAGUUAACACAACAGACAAAGAAAUGGAAGUCCUUCACUUAAGGAAUGUCUCAUUUGAGGAUGCUGGGGAGUAUACAUGUUUGGCGGGUAAUUCUAUUGGGAUCUCCCAUCACUCUGCAUGGUUGACAGUUCUCGAAGCUAUUGAAGACAGGCCGGCCAUGAUGACCUCGCCACUGUAUCUGGAGAUCAUCAUUUACUGCACAGGGGCCUUUCUCAUCUCCUGCAUGGUGGUAACUGUCAUCAUCUACAAGAUGAAGAGCACCACCAAGAAGACCGACUUCAACAGCCAGCUGGCUGUGCACAAGCUGGCCAAGAGCAUCCCGCUGCGUAGACAGGUGUCUGCAGACUCCAGUUCCUCCAUGAACUCAGGAGUGAUGCUUGUCAGGCCCUCGCGGCUCUCCUCCAGUGGUACCCCAAUGCUGGCAGGCGUCUCGGAAUACGAGCUUCCCGAAGAUCCUCGGUGGGAGCUCCCCAGGGACAGGCUCAUCCUGGGUAAGCCUCUGGGUGAAGGCUGCUUUGGGCAGGUGGUUCUCGCUGAAGCCAUCGGCCUGGAUAAGGACAAGCCAAACCGAGUGACUAAGGUGGCAGUCAAGAUGCUGAAGUCUGAUGCUACGGAGAAGGAUUUAUCUGACCUAAUAUCUGAGAUGGAGAUGAUGAAAAUGAUUGGCAAGCACAAGAACAUCAUCAACCUCCUGGGAGCCUGCACUCAGGAUGGUCCACUCUAUGUAAUCGUGGAGUAUGCGUCCAAAGGCAACCUGCGGGAGUACCUGCAGGCCCGGCGGCCCCCCGGCAUGGAAUACUGCUACAACCCGACCCACCUCCCUGAGGAGCAGCUCUCCUUUAAGGACUUGGUGUCCUGCGCGUACCAGGUGGCCAGGGGGAUGGAAUACUUGGCAUCCAAAAAGUGCAUCCACAGAGACCUGGCUGCCAGGAAUGUCCUGGUGACAGAAGACAAUGUGAUGAAGAUCGCAGACUUUGGCCUGGCCCGGGACAUCCACCACAUAGAUUACUACAAGAAGACGACUAAUGGUCGCUUACCAGUGAAGUGGAUGGCACCAGAGGCCUUGUUCGACCGAAUAUACACCCAUCAGAGUGAUGUGUGGUCCUUCGGCGUGCUGCUGUGGGAGAUCUUCACGCUGGGUGGCUCACCGUACCCCGGGGUGCCUGUUGAGGAGCUCUUCAAGUUGUUGAAAGAAGGCCACAGAAUGGACAAGCCCAGCAACUGCACCAAUGAGCUAUACAUGAUGAUGCGAGAUUGCUGGCACGCAGUUCCAUCCCAGAGACCCACCUUUAAGCAGCUGGUAGAAGACUUGGAUAGGAUCGUGGCCAUGACCUCCAACCAGGAAUACCUGGAUCUUUCCAUGCCGCUGGACCAGUAUUCUCCCAGUUUCCCAGACACCCGCAGCUCCACUUGUUCCUCGGGGGAGGACUCCGUUUUUUCCCAUGAUCCCCUUCCAGACGAACCUUGUCUUCCCAAGUACCCGCAUCAGCAUGCCAACGGUGGACUUAAACGACACUGAGGCUGGGACUUCCAUGCAACAGACUGACAACUCUGUGUGUGUGCGUGUGUGUUUGCAUGCAUCUCUGCUAUCCAGGCUGCUGCCAGGAAGCCGUCUGUGCAGCCAUCCAUCACUUUUAGCUAUUGCGUAAAGGAUUUCUAAGACACAUCUCCCGUCACCAAAUCCACCAAUGUCUCAUGCCAGCUUCACCAGCCACAUAAGCUGUGAACUAUCUGCACCUCAAAGGUUUGUUUUUUAUUUCCCUUCCAUGCAAUCUGUGCUUGAAUAGUUCCAGUGGACUAAAACUGAACCCCACUCUUUGGCCAAUGGCCAGACAGAGAACCAGCUGCGGGCUCCCUCUCCUGGAGCCAGUCAAUAAUGUGCAUUCCCUUCUUUGCAAGCGAUUGACAGACUGACAUUCCCAAGGAGGAGGACAUGGAAACCUGGGCUAUCUGUGUUCUUUUAUACUUGCAAACUCACACAAUCCAAACUUCGACAGCUCAAUAAGCUAAUGCCAGCACUGAGUGCAGCUCCACCAGCAGUGAAGAAGUGCAGGCUGGGAAAUCAUAAUGCGUCGGAAACAUCUCUAUCUGGGAUGCUGCGGGAACCCUAGCUGGGUGGUUAUUGCUAUGUGAGAUGGUUUGAAGACUGGCCAAUGGCUUAUUAAUUCCAAUACUUAAUUUGCUUUGCUGACCAAACACAUGGUACGUUGGAAGUGGCCAGACACAGCAUAUACCCCGGCUCAGUACUGAUAGUGGAGGAAGCAGCCAAAUAUACCAGUGCUAAAAACAAACAAACAAAAAGAAAUCUUGUGUACAUAGCUACAAAUAUGUAUAAAUAUGAAUAUAUAUUUACAUGUCUUUUUAAAAGGGUUGUUACCAGAGAUAUACCAGUUUGGUAGUAAGUUACUAGUGGCUGGUAGAGAUCAGUUGCUAUAAAAAAAAAAAGUUAAUCUAUUUUGCUACUUUUGCUGUUUUUAUUUUUUUAAAUUAUGUUCUAAACCUAUUUCAGUUUAGGUCCCUCAAUAAAAAUUGCUGCUGCUUCAGUUUUAUAUGGGGCUAUAUUAAACAGUAAUAAUAAUAAUAAUAUUAAUGACAAUGUUUGCUGCCUUUCGGGAAUAUAUUGUCAUUGUAUAAAUGGCUUUUUCUGCCUUCUCACUCCUCGACCCCCAUGUAAAUCCCUCUGUUGGCAUCUGGUGCUGGGUUCUGGAUCUGAGGGGCCCUUCUGGACUUGGGCACAGCUUGUGAAGCACUCGGAUCACCAUAUUGGUGCGUGAGUGUGUCAUAGUGACGUGCUGGAGAGCCACUGUGAUCUGUAUUUUAAACAGAGGGCUUAGGACACUGCCAGUGACAGAGCUGGGACUCUGCCCGUGUGGGGAGGGGCAAAGCGCCUUUCCCAGCAAUAGCCAUAGGCGUUUGUCAGAAGCAUGAAUAACCCACACCCCAUCCCUGAGUCGGGGAGGCCUUUGUCAUAGCUGAAUUGGUUCCCUGCUGCAUGCCUUGCGUGGAGAGAGCAGGGAAUACGGAGCCAGCAUCAAUCGUGUUUAGCCACCUCCGAUCCUGCUUCACAAUGUACAUUCCAGCCACACUCCAAGCCUGCUUCAAUCUCUUCCCAUCCCUGUCUCUGAAUCCGCUCCUCGUUGCUCCUGCCACCCACUAUGAUUGCAGCCCUUGGUCUAGAGUGUGGAGUGGAGGGGCUGGUGAGCCCCUGUCUCUCCUCCACCCUGGCGAGGUGCUCUGCUUCCUCGAAUGAACUUCUUGAGUGCCUUAAACGCAGCUGUGCACGGUGCGGAUGAGGAGAUCUGCAGGGAGGAGCGCUGUAGAUUCUUUCUUUCCAGUGGAAGGCCAAAGAAAGCUCCCUUCCAAAGCAGAAUAAGAGGUGUCCUUGUCCUUGUUCCGGGGCAGGUUCCUUGCAGAGGCUCAGCAAGGACAGGUCGGCCAGUGAUUUUUUGUGUCUUUGAACACUCUUUUUCCAGUGACACUUUCAGUUCUUAGAAAUCCCAGGCCUGCCUUGUAUUGGAAACCCCAGCCAUGGUUAGCAUGGAGAUAAACCUGGGCUGCUUAGCUUGGGCUGCUGAAGGGAAUAGUGCAUUUUUGUUGGGGUUUUUCUUACACGAGGCCACAUCCUUAAUUGGCUUCUCCUUGUGCCAGACCCUGCACUUCAUUGAACUCCACAUUACCCGUGUUAGCAAACUAACUCUCUUAGCUGCAGGCACUGAAGGCCGAGUCCAGAUUCCCCACGCUCUCGUCGCCUGGAGCAGUUCCUCCGGGAGAAGGGUGCCUUCGUGCUGUGGCAGACACCCAGGAGCAGGAGCCCUUCCCUCCCACUCACAGGCAUUUCAAACUCCAGAGCCAGGAUGCUAUUACUUGAAAAGUUUAUUUUGCCUUUGUACGGAGAAAUAUUAUUGUUCUAAGCUCUUCUGUAAUGAAUCUGGAAUUCUUGUAAUUAUUAAAGACUUUAACCAAGAGAUUUGA